GUGAUUUCUUAUUAUUUUGUUUUUAUUUCACGUAGUUAUUACGUUUUGAAAAUGUAUUUGAGUGAUUUAUUUGUGAUUGUUUGUCUAUUAACUUCAAUUAAUGUGUGUUUGGGUUAUAUUGAAAACAAAGAAAAUGAAUUGGGAAGUGAACCACGGAUUGUUGUAAUUGAAACGCAGAGCCAUAACGUUUCCAGAAUUGAGACUUAUUAUGAAAAAAAGCAGAAUCAUCAAAGGUGUCCAAAAAAUCCCAACGGAAUAUGUUUGAUUCAAACUCUUGAAAAAAAAGAGCGCAUCGUAUGGAGAAUCGAGAAUAAGACAAUGCCAAUUUAUAGGUGCCGUGAUGGUUACAAAUUGCACGAUGACUUUUGCUUGCCCAAUUGUACUUGUGCGAAUGGUAUUUGCAUAUCGCCCCAGCAAUGUAAAUGUUCCAAAGGAUACGAAAACGAUAAGAAUGAUCCACUCAAAUGUAGUCCGGUGUGCGAUGAAUGUGUGCACGGUGAGUGCAUUUCACCAAAUUAUUGCAGCUGCUCUGAUGGUUAUCAAUGGAAUGGCGGCCAAACUAAUAAGUGCAUUCCAAUUUGUUUUACAAAUUAUUAUUUCAAUGAUACUCUUGAAUUGUGCAUGCCAAAGUGUGAACCGCCGUGUAUUUUUGGUGAAUGCAUUGGACCAAAUGAAUGCAAAUGCAUUGACAAUUAUCAACUUGAACAAGGAUCGACCAACGAAUGCAAACCAAUCUGUAAUCCCAAAUGCGUAAAUGGUAUUUGUAUUGACGGUGCCCAAUUUAAAAAUGGAUCGUCCAAAGAAUGUGAUCAACAUUCUGAAAAUGGAAAAUAUGUUUCAACAAACGAAUGUAAAUGCCUUAAUGGCUAUCAAUUUAAAAAUGCUUCGUUUACGGAUUGUGAGCCGAAAUGCAAGGAGAUUUGUGUAAACGGUAAAUGUAUUGAACCCGACAAAUGUGAAUGCAAUGAUGGUUAUCAGUUUAAAAGUGAGUCAACGAAUCUAUGCGAACCGAUUUGUGAACCGGAAUGUGCGAACGGAAAAUGUAUCAAACCGAAUGUGUGCGAAUGCAAUGAUAAUUAUGAAAAAUCCAGCAACCAAAGUGCUACGAACAUAUGCUGUCCAAUAUGUGGCUUUGAAUUUGGGAAAGAUUGUGCAAGCACCAACUGUAUCAUUGACUAUUGUGAGUGCGCCGAAAACCUUGAGUUCAUCAGAAAAGACGAUACAACAAUUACCGAAUAUAUAGUCGAUUCAACCACUGACACUUCGACUACAGAACAAUCAACUUCUAAUUUACUCAAUGAAAUUGUUUCGACUGAGUCAACUGACGAUGAUGAAUACACUAUGCCUUUAGAUGUUGAAAAACCAGUUAAAGCAGUUUUUAAUUGGUGGAGUAUUGUGGUUGCCCUUUCGGUGAUUAUGAUGAUUAUUUUAUUUGGCUUUGGCUUUUACAAAAAUCGUAAAAUAGACUAUAAUAUGGGAGAUGACACACAAGCUUCAAUCCAUUAUUGGAAAAAUCCCUGAUGUUAUAUUUCUCCAUGUAUUUUGCAAUAAUUCAUUUCAAUAAAUGACUUGUUUAUCCAUAAAA